AUAAUAUUCUACGUUGGCUUUUGGCCUCUACUUGCUUUGUUACUAUAGAAACAUUAAAGAGAAAUUCUACUAAAAUUGUUCAUUUUUUAGUAAAAAAAAAAAAAUUAGUUGUUUAGUUGUGUACACGAAAAUCAAGUUGAAACUUGAAAAAAUUUUGACAUUUAACAUUGUUAAGAAUUGAGAAAAAAAAUUCGCGUUUAAAAAUAUUGCCAAUCCUCAAGUUUUGAAACACCGUUGAGCAGAAGACAAGAAUCAGCCGUUUAUCGAUGAUGGCUUGAUGGCCGUUGAUGAAUCUACCUAACCUAUUCUCGGCGUCCUUAUUGCAAUUACUCUAAGCAAAUUUUUUAUAAAAAAAUCUCUGGUGUAUUCGAACACUGCUAUCAUUGAUAUUAUGUCAAGAAUUGGUGACUGUAUAGACUUAAAAUAUUUAUAAUGGAUCCAGCGACAGUGAUAGCUCUUUGCAAAGAAAAUAUACAACCUUUACGACAUGGUCGGAAUGUUGCACAGUUGGGCACUGCACUCCGAGCACAGGAAGAUGCUGAAGCUCAACAAUUAUUAUUACAAGAACGACAAGUGCACGAAGAGGCAAUUAAAAAUUACGUUGGCGAUGAUCCUUUAGAAAAUUGGUACGACUACAUACUUUGGAUGGAACAAAGUUAUCCAAAAAGUGGACAAGAAUCUCAUAUUAGUAGACUAUUACAGGAAUGCCUUGCGGCUUUUGAAAAAGAAACAAAAUAUCACCAGGACAGAAGAUAUAUUCGCUUAUGGAUCAAUUAUAUAAGUAUGCAAAAGAACCCAAUAGAGUUAUAUCAACUAUUACAUAAUAAUGGAAUUGGAACCAUGGUGGCUGAUAUGUAUAGAGCUUGGGCUUUUGAAUUGGAGCAAAUAGAAGACUAUAAACGAGCAGACGAAGUUUACCUUAUGGGCUUAACUACUCGAGCCGAACCACUUGAUGAAUUGGAUUGUGCUCACAAAAACUUUCAAUUGGCCGUAGCACGUAAGAUGCUCGGCAGAUCGGAAGGACAUGAAGUGUCUUUUACCGAACAACGUCAAGCCUUCAGUUCGUUAAAAGCAAUAAAAGUUGGGAGAAAAGUCGGUAGUGUGAGAACUGGUCAUCGCAUUCAUGGUCAUAUGCCAGGUGUAAUACCACAAAGUGACGCAACCAGUCACAGCACGAACCAGAAUUCUAGAGUACAAAUAUAUCAGGAUGACGCACUUAGUAAUGAUGGAAAAGGCUCCAGUAUUUUGGUUCAUGUGCCUGUUGAAGCAAAUAUACAUAAGGAAAACACUCUUAAACCUGGUCCGUGGAACGCUGGCUUCAAAAAGUGUCCUUUAAUAUCAUCCAGUGUCAAGACAUCUUUUAAAGUUCACGAAGAUCAACCAGAUGAUGACUUUAGUUUAGAAAAAGUGAAACUGUUUCCAAAUCAUACUCCAUUUUACGAUGGCAGUAAAUACGAGGAAUAUCCUAAGGUUCCAGUUUACGUGUCGGAUCCACCAAAUUCUAAUGUGAUACUGAAACCACACUACCCCAAAGAAUUAGUAUACGCUAAUAAUAUCGAUCGAAGUAUGGAAGAAAUCAGGGCUCAGCAAUAUCUCGAGAGAAAUGCUAAUUUCAAAAAAGAUAGCAGCUUGAAUAUUGACGUAAAAAAUUCUUCAACACGCUACUCCAACAGAUGCGAGCAAUCAUUCAAGCAGCAUCAUCAUCAAAUGUCCCAAAGUCAACUUGGUCAACAAGAAAUAAACAGAAGCGAACUAUCAGUCCAACAGGAGAUGCAUCAUCAGCUUUACAGUAGAGGAAAGCAUCAGCUUCCAAAUCAAGGACAGAAACUCGAGCAACUUGAGAUAGCGAGACAUCACAGUGAUCAUCUAAAUCACGAAAGACAACAACGGGAAGAAUUAUCACGACUCAGAUACGAAUCGGAACAGCUCGAAUUCAAGAGACUAGAGGCUGAAAGAUUAGAGCAGCAGAGAUACGAAGCCGAAAAACAAGAAUACAAAAGACUAGAAGCGGAGAGGCUAGAAGCUGAGAGAAUAGAAGCUGAGAGAAUGGAGGCCGAGAGGAUGGAAGUUCAAAGAAUAGAAGCCGAGAGAAUGGAAGCUGAAAGAAUGGAAGUUCAGAGAAUAGAAGCUGAGAGGAUAGAAGCCGAGAGAAUAGAAGCUGAGAGAAUCGAAGCGCAGAGAAUGGAAGCGGAAUUAAGAAGACAGCAGAAGUUACAGUCUUCCAGUUUUUUGAAUCAACAAUCUUCUAGCACCGCGUCUGAAGAACACCUAUUGGGUCAGAGUUUGACAGUGAAUACGAAGGAAGCAAUGUCCGCUGUUCAAGAAUUGUGGCAAUCGCCAAACACCAGCAAUAACAGUCCAAUGAUCAGCAGACCCCUGGAUCACAGAAUGGCGGAUACAAGGGAGAAACUAUCGUUUAAUAUUCAUAUGGACAGCUCCAUGACACAACACGCCAUGUCCACCAGUAAACACCACCAGGGAUAUAGUGUACCGAUACAAACAUACAAUGAUCAGGAAAAUAAUCAAGUUUACCACAGUCCCUUCACAAGUCAAGAGCAUCAAUCUUUCGGAGGUCACGCUGUACACAAUCCAUAUCAUUAUCAAGUGCAACAUAUGGGAACACAUCAACAAGGAAUUCAACCUCAUCUGCAAUCGCACGUUCAGCAACAUCAGUUACAGACAUCGAUACACCAGCCACACAUUCAUCAUACAUCUCACAUGCAGUCCCCACAUCAACAACACAUGGAACAACAUUUACACGUUCAGCCUCAGCACAAUCAAGCUCAACUGCUUCCCUCACAUCACAUUCACAUGCAACACCACACAUCUCACAUUCAGUCAUUACACGACACGUCCCAACACAUGCAGCACAUGGAGCAUCAACAGCAUCAACAACAUCACAUGUACGGCAACGUAGUUGCCAAUAUGGGGUAUCAGCAAUAUUCUCCGGCCUUGCAAUCGCCGCUGCCGUCCAUCGAACCUCAGAAACAGUUGCACUUCUCGCCCUACACGGAUCCAGAGUCGGAGUCUAACAAGUCUUACAAGAUGCCUACCGAAUUGCCGUACAUAAAGUCGCCUGGUAUGAACAGACGGGACUUGAAGUUCCUGGAAAGCGCUGAGAAUAAGGAGAACGCAUUAUGUGUUGAGUACAAUGGUCCUGUUGAGGAGAAUAUGGUGAAGCAGGAAGAAAAUUUGUAUGAGGAUGAAACACUUGGUACUGCACCAUUGGCGGUGGAGAAUGAAACGUGCAUUACAGAGGCAUUCAAUACACAUCUCACCAGUUCAACACCGAUUAAUCACUUUAAAGAGUCCUACAGAGUUAAGGAACGACAUCAGUUGCAUGGAGAUGGUGGCCCUCCUCCAACGAUACCAGAGGUUCAAGUUGCGGAUACCGAUGACAAGCUAAGUGUCAUCAUGGAGUCAACGAAAGAAUAUAUUUCCAGCAGUUCAGGAAGUAGCAUGCACACUCGAACAACGACAUUAGGUUUCACAUUGACGCGAGAAGACCUUGGAACCAUUAAAGAAACAUCUAGUCCAGGUUUAUUGUCGAAUGAUACUUUACUAGCAGCGAAUCAAACCUAUGAUCAAAACAUGAGAGCUAAAAUUCAAGCAGUUCAUGCUCAAAGUCCACGAACUGUUCAACGGAACGUCGAUCAAAUAACAUCGGAAAUUCAAAUUAAUUGCGAUCUUAAAAAAUCAAUUAAUUUCAAUUUGAAUAAUGAACCUUACAAUAACGAAAUAAGUGAUGAAAAAGUCAAUACAAUGGAAUAUGAGGAGCAAGAACCAAUGGAAGAAGUGGAAGAAGAAGUUUUUGAAUUACCAGAGGGUAAUAUUAAUCCAUUUGAUAAGAAUUUAAUCGCUGGCCUGUUGAGAAAAAUCAAGUUCCCACAAUCUCAACAUGCGGAAGGUUACGUAAGAUUGAACUGCAAUUUAAAUAAAUUUGUGCCUUCCACUAUGAUUACGCUUGGAAAUCAAGCAUAUGACUUGGAUAAGUGCCUUGGAAAAGGAACGUAUGGAAAAGUUUUUAAAGCCGUAGAUUUACAAACAAGACAAACCGUUGCCCUUAAAACUCAAAAACCUGCUUGGGUUUGGGAGUUCUAUAUUGCUCGAGAAAUUAAGGCUCGUCUUACGAAUCCUUACAUGUUACGUGGAUUUAUGGACAUUCAAACUGCCUAUGUUGCUGAUAAUAGUAGUGUUUUAGUUUCUGAAUACUCGAAAUAUGGAACUCUCUUAUCAGUGACUAAUCAGGUGAAAGUAGCGACAGGAAAGCCACUACACGAAGCUCUAGCAAUAUUUUUCACUAUUGAAAUGUUACAUAUUGUCGAAUAUUUACAUAAAUGUCAAAUUAUACAUGGAGAUAUUAAGCCAGACAAUUUUCUUCUCAUGCAUUUGCCAACGGAAGAUGCAAGACCGACAAUUCAGUUGAUUGACUUUGGAUGUAGUAUUGACAUGAGUCAGUUCCCAGAGAAUACAAAAUUCAUGCAAGUCAUUAAGACCGAAGAAUUUACUUGCAUUGAAAUGCAAACAGGAAAACCGUGGACUUAUCAGACUGAUCUGUAUUGUCUAGCUGCUUCUAGUCAUUGUCUACUUUUCGGUAGUUACAUGCGUGUUUCAAAUUCAGGAGGUCGCUGGUUUAUAAACUCCAAAAUUCCCAGAUAUGCCAAAAGGGACGCCUGGGAAAAAUAUUUUACGGACCUUUUAAACAUUGAGUCUUGUGAUCGAAUGCCAGACUUACCUAAAUUGAGAAACAUAAUGGAAGAAGCUCUGAGUAAGGUGUCGGAACGCCUAGCGAAAAUUAGAAGUUUUUGCAAUGUCCUUAAUAAUCGAUAACGCUUACUCAAUUCCAGCAAAGUUAUCGAUGCCUGAAGGUAUACACACAGAUUUAGAAAAGAACCAACACUUAUAAAUUAAUUAAAAUGACAUUAUCAUACUAUUUAUUACAUAGUUUAUAAUCAUAUUCCCGUCUAGUUGCACAUAAUUAGACGUAGACGUUCGGCCUGCUUCGUGGAAGCCCCAAAUGUUACUUUUCAGAAAUUGUUACAAAAAUCUUGUUAAAUUACAUAUUUUCUCGGUAUUAUACCAGAAAAAAAGUGUUAUUAAUAUAAAACUUUGAUCAACUGAA